GGAUUCGUUGACUUCGAUGCCUACUUGCAAACAUCCAGUCGACUAAUAAUCGGGUGUCUCCAAAUAUUCAGCACACAUGAACCAUAUAGAUUCAAGGCCUCCACACGAACAUGCCAGAACGAGCAGGGUAUUCAGACGUGCCCUCAUCCAUAUCGACCAUAUAUAACUCAUGCCUUGCACAUUUUCGGCAUCUGCUCUUCGAGUUAAGUAAUGACCCUAGGUUAACAAGUUCGGGGCUAUCACGAUCGCUCGAGCUCUACGGACGUCUUCGUGCAUGGGGCGAGGAAACUCGUGCUAUGCUGCCACCUUCUUCGCGAGGAUCCCUGGAAGAUACUCUCCGGAAGAAUGAGUCAACGAAGGAGGUCGCAGUAGACAUACUUACCAAGCUAGAGCGUCAACUACGUACAGCGGUCGAACUCAGCCAAAACCAGUGGAGAGGUGCUGCUGCAGUAUCUCAACCGGAUUACGAAACAUACGACGGAGAUGAAACAAUAUCGUUGAGUUCAGAUAGUAGCGAUGACAACGAAUCAGUACCCGCCAAGAGUCCUCGACUGAACUCGGUAUUAAGACAUAUUGCUGACGAUGUUGAUUCGCUUUAUCAACUCUCACACCUAAUCAUUCGACCUGGCUUCAUUAGAAAGUAUCUACAUUCUACGAGAGGAAAGGAUUUCGAUGCCCGUGUGGCACCAUUCUACCAGUACGAUAUCCGUCACGUGGAAGAGAAGUUCCAAGAAUGGAGGCAAUCAAAGAAGGGGUUGGAUGAGCGUGAGCUUGUCACGACUCCUGAUGUAAUCGUUGGCAGGUCCGCAGGCUCUGAACCUAUACUAAUACAGCGACUUGCAUUGGCAAACACCAAAAGGAGAGAACAACUCUUGUACUGGUCCAGGCAUCCAGACAGGGUUGAAUCAGAAUUAGACCUUGCGAUGGACAAAUCAUCUGUUCAACAUCCAACUGACUCAGGCAGUAUCCAACGAGACAGGACGGAAACCGAAAGCCAAUACUCGAAGUCCAUUAAGACACGACACACCUUUUCGAAUAUUGCUGCGUCGGACAUAUUUGGAAAGCAGACCGUGGCAGGAACAUUAUACGCGGAAACAAACGUUGGAAACAAACGACUGAACCGUGUUCCCCCAGUUCCCUCUUCUUCACGAGUUGUGCCCUCCUUUGAAUGCCCUUAUUGUCAUUCCAUGCUAGAUUCACAAGUAAUGCAAAGUCGCCAAGAAUGGAAGAAACAUAUAUUUCGAGACUUGAGACCGUAUGUUUGCACCUUUGAGAGUUGUAGCGACCCCGAUAAACAGUAUUCCACACGUCGUGAUUGGAUCUACCACGAAAUCCAAGUACAUCGCCGACAGUGGGUCUGUGAUGAGCAUGAUUUAAAAUUUGAGAGCAAAGCUCUCUUUUCUCGUCAUGUUGUCGAUCGCCAUUCUGUCAUAGCUGCCGAGCAGCUUCCAGUAUUGAUCGACAUAUCGGAACGGCCACUUGAUGGAUUAGACAUAGUUUCGUGCCCACUUUGCCCCGAAAAGCGCCGACUGAUGCUGCUUGAACCACACAUUGCCGAACAUCUUGAAUCUAUUGCGUUGUUUGCACUUUCAAGAGAUGUGGAAGAGGACGGUGGAGAGGAUGCACAACACGUAAACAGCGAUUGGAGCUCGUCCACAAUAGACGAUCCUAUCGAGCUCAGUGUAAAAGGGGAUGAUGAUGAUGGCGAAAAUCAUGAUCAGCACAUAAACAGCGAUGUUAAUGUGCCCAUUGUGUUCGAUCCUAUCGACUCCAAAGAACAAAAGGAUGAGGAUCAUUCCAUAGACCCAUCAUUGUUCACGGUUGAAAAUUCUGCCCCCACAUACAACAAACCCGAGUCUGCUCAGCCAAUUCCACCAGUUGUACCAGCAGCAUUGAGCUCAAAAACUUUCCAGCAACCCAUGAGGAUAGACAUAUCAAAGGUUCACGAGACCGAGAGAAUUCAUGAUUACCAACAACAAUUUCCAAGCAAUCAAAUACACGACUCACAGGAAACUGCUGAUCGAGAUUGGGCAGCAGGGUGGUCGAAUUUGGUGCCGGCUUCUCAGAAUCGUAAGAUACCCACGCCGCCCAUAAGUACUUGUUUCGUUGUCGUCGUCUAAGUUAGAUUGAUAAUACUUCC